GCUCAAGCAUGGCGUUCAUGGACUCAAAGGAGGAGUGAGGCCGCACGGGCCGGCUGGUCUGACGGGCCGGCCGAGGCCAUGGGCAGUGCAUCUUCUGUGGAGGGAGAGAACUGCUGCUCCGUCCAAUUGAGAAAUCAGGCGAGACCUGGUGAAUGCGAGGAGGCCUUACCUAUCUGGCUCACCGAAGGUGAGAUAUUUCCAGAGUGCGAGACAUUUCGCCAGGGCAUCGAAUGCCUGAGAAGUCAGGCCGCUCCGGAGCCGGGAGGUUCUGAAGCGCUUGCCGUUGAGACACUGCCGGCAAGCCAUGCACAACUUCCAAAGGAAGCCUGUGGAAGCUCGACAGAUGCGAGCAGCAAGUCUCCUGACCAGGUGCUUGUGCCAGAUGAUCCUGUAAAUGGCACCAGUGGGGAAUUGCCCACUGUCGCAGCCAAUGCAGAAGCGAAGUCAUCAUCCGAGCAGGAGCCCACUUUGAGGGAAGAUGAGAAGGCAUCUCUCGCACCAACAGAGCCAGCCUCGCAACCAGAUGCGUCAGCUUUAGAUGCUGAGACAGUGCAAGAGGAGCUUGCUUUGAGGAACGACGAGGCAAGCCUUGCAAACGAAGAGCUUAACGAAAUGCCGCCAGAGGAGGAUUGGCCAACGCACAAGAAGAAAUUUGAGGCUAAGACCAACGAUGCGAAGAGCGAUGUGCGAACUGAAGCUCUGAAGGACUCGCUUGAGAAAGCGCUCAAGGAGGGUGUUUCAAAUUGCAAGGCGUACUGGAAGGAGCUUCAGUUGCCUGCCGAGCAGAUCAUACUCAACGAAGUACAGAAGAUACGGCCCCGCAGACUCGACCCAAAGAUCAUGAAAGAAGUCAAGCGUGCUUUGCGCAACCUGGAGGGAGCUCUCGAAGAUUGUGCCACGUCUGAGGAGAGCGAGCUUGAGAUCCAUAAGAAGAUCAUCCAAGAGAUUGAGAACGUUGCUUUGCUUCCAUGCCUUUUCAAAAAUCUGAAAGACAAGGAGUGGAUGGUGAAGGAAGUCCUAGACAUAAAAGAGAAAUGGCUUGGGAAGGACUAUGUGGAUACUUUGAACACGAAGACAGACCUGGCGGUUCUGUUGCAACAGUUGGACAAGAAAGAGGAAGCUGAGCAAAAGCUGCGAGAAGUUCUCACAACGAUGCAAGCAAAGAACGACAAACUUGUUGGUAAGUUUCCUGAAGCUGGCAGCAGAUCUUCUGCCAAGGACUCGCAAACUAUCGGUGGCUCUUCCACUAGUGAGCGAGUGAAGGAAAACUUUGCACUGCACUUCGUCAUGAAUGGGCAGGCAUCUGUCAUUGACAAGACCGGUGACAUUGCCUUCGAGGGGAACAUUCGAAGAGAAGCCACGUUUUGCAUCAUUUCUUUUCCAGGGAAGUUUGCUUCAGGGUGGGAUGCUUUGGUGGCUGCAUUGCAUGGUGAAUCCGUCGCUUGUGUUUUCUUGACCACCCCCGAGACUGGCCUUGGCAAGCAUAAAGAUGAUGGAAGUGGGAAGUGCUGGUGUAGCCAGAUCUACGGCGAGAGAAACUUCAAGCAGUUCGGCUAUCUGGUCGAGAUGAAGGACCCUGAUCCGGAAAAACUCAAGCAAGCACUGGAGAACGCGAAAUGUACCCAUGCCAUUGUGGUCCCUUUUCAUGCCACCCCAGAAGAAAGGAAGGCGUAUGAGGAAGAAGCCAAGAAAGCCUGGGAGAAGUAUGGGAAGGUCGCUUCCUGGGGUUGCGAGUGGUUCGUCGUUUGGAUGGAGCAGGUGAAACAGGCAGUGCAGCUUGGCCAAAGACUGCAAGUGGUCUUUUUCCCUGGGCAGAGGGGCCAGGGCAAGGUGGCCUGGGACGAGCUAUCCUUCAGAGAUCUCUGGGACGGUGUGGGCUGCGGUGGCAGCCAAAAAGCCGAGAUUGCCUAUGUGGAGGCCAUGCGGAAGAUUGAAGGAGACACUUGGGACUACGACGAAAUCGAUGUGAAGCGGUUCUUAUUUCAGGAAUUUCAUCCGAACUGCAAGGUGUUUGCUGAAGAUCCCACCGAUGGCAGCUGGCGAGAAGGAACCAUGGUGUUGACGAUGCCUGAUUCUCAAAGUUCUGAGACCUUGAGCAGAGUUUAG